AUGUCAGACCAACCACCUCCUUCGUUCAGUGGCCAUCCCAACUAUGCACAGCAAUGGCCUCCCGCAUACUCAUCGAUGCUGCCACCAAACUUUUUAAUGCCUCUCGAACAUUCUUCAUUGAAUCCAGAGCCACCCUCAAACCAUGAGACGCCUCUCAAAUACAACAUGGCAAACGUCAACGCGAAUUCGCAGAUCCCCGGUUUGGGCGGUCCUGCAAACUCGGCAGCAUUCUUCCCUCCUCAGUUUCCAUUCUUCAAUCAGUUUGACCCCUCCCAAUUUCCGCCUCCAUUUCCUCCUAUGCCGUUCGCGCCUAUGGAUUACUCGCAGGCCUCACCGCCAACAGGGUCCUCCAACAAUGGCUUCCUUGAACAAACCCCGUUCCCCCGGCAGUCGCAACAGUCAUUGACUCCAGCUGCGCGUUUGAAGCCGCGCUCGCGUGCCAUUCCAAUUCGAGCAGAGAGAAAUUGCAAGGAAGGCGAGGUCAGUGAGGCAAAGGAUGAAAGUUCAGUACAGCCGACCCGCAGAACUAUACGGCAAUACUCAGAUUUGGAAGAGGGUGAAACCGUAUCUUCUAGUGGACGGUCCGCCAGGAGGAGUACUAGCUCGCCGUACAACCCUCCUUUGUCCAUUUCAGCAGAUCCAACCCUGAUUAAUCAUGCCAUAGAGGCCCAGAAGCAUGUCGCACAAGCAACAGCCCCUGAAACUCGUCCUACUAAAUCCCUAGCGCAGCUACGGAUCCAAGCUCAAGGAGCGUUGCUUAGCCUGGCUCCUCAUGAUAUCCGCUAUAAGGAGCUCGUUGCGGAGGGCAUCAAUCCCACCAUCCUCAAGCGGUUGUACGAAGAGGUCGGUAUCAAGGUCAUUACCAAUUCCGAGCAAGCGCCUUUGGUUGGGGAAAAGGCCCCCGUUGCAAAUCUGCUGGGCUCUACUCCACCGGUUGGGGUGACACCUCUAGGAAAGGAAGGACCCAGUGCGGUGAAGCCCAAUGCGUCCGCUUCCCAGGCUGCUCCCCCGUCUUCUUCCCCUCAGUCUAAAGACGGCAAGCCCUUGGAGCGCAAAGAGCUCAUUGCUCGAAUGCUCGCUGCAAAAGUUGCAAAAGCUGCAUCCAAGCAGACUUCGCCUGUUGGUGUUGCGCAAUCUGCUCCCACCCCAGAUGAAGUUCGUCCGUCCCAAAAGGAGCCGAAAGAGAAGAAUAAAGCCCAAACAGAGUUGGCGAGGCAGCGAAUUGAAGAACUAAAGCAAAAGGCUUUGCUCAAGAGUCAACAAAAAGCUCAGGAAAGCCCAGCGCCAGUGAUUUCUGAAACCCAGACUCCAGCUAUUCACCACCCACUUCCUGUUCGACCUCCUGUGCCAGAACCCCACCACUCUGCUGGGCUUCCCGGGCUUCCCGGACUCCUAAUGACCGGGCUGGAACAGGACUCGGAUGUAGCUUCUGACCUGACACCUGUGUCCCGAGCAACCCAUCGCAAACGUCCUCUGGCAUCCGAUUUUGAUGAACCAGUUGCGCCUUUGAAAAAGCAUUUCAACCCAACUGCCGGUCGCUUCAAUCCUGCUGAUAGAUUGAUCAUUGCAAUCAGUGACGAUGAAUCACUUUAUGGUGAUGACGAAGACGACGAAAUGGAACUAGAUACUGAGUCAGAGCAAGAACCAUCAACAAUAGUCAGCUCAGCUAUGUCCAAGCCUCCUGUCCAGCCAUUCAUUCCUGCUACCAGGGCUUCAACCUCGACUCCGCAGGCUUCUUCCAGCUUCAAUGAUCAAGAAGGGAUAAAAACGAAAGAUAUGGAGAUACAAGCGAUGCGCCGCAAGAUCGCUGAGUUGGAGCUACGACGGAAAUCGAAACUUGCUGCCAGCCGAACUCAGUCACCUCGCGCUCUUGAUGACUCCGGGACAUCAUCAUCUAGGGCACAAUCCAGCGCAGCCGAUCCUGGGGUUUCAGAUGUCCCGGCUGUCCCGGCUGUCUCAGCUGACCCUUUGUCACAAACGAUACCUGACGCAGCCACUUCCGACGAAGAUUCUGCGCGUGAUGCCUCUCUUCCUGUUGACGUCAAUCAAGAACCCCAUCGACAGAGCUUAGCCGAUAAAACGACCAACGGUGUAAUCGAUAGCACCACGCCUGCAUCAGCUUCGGUUGAAUCCGAUUCUGAUUCCGCUGGCUCGGCCAUGGACGAGUCCGAUGAUGAUGAUGAUGACGAUGACGACGAUGAUGAUAGUACGAGCGGUAGCUGUAGUUCGUCCAGCGAGAGCGACGAAGAAAUUAGCAGCUCUCAUGCACAGGUUCUACAGCCUUCGACUAUGCCAGACGUAUCGGAGCCCAUGGACAUUGACUCAUCUGGGCAAUCUGUUUCGGGCAGCUCGCCGUCUGGUGUCACCCAAACUAGUGCAAUUUCUGUCGAAGAGGAUGGUUCUCAGCGUCAACAAAGUGAACAACGUGAACCGUCCGUUGAGUCCGAGGCUUAUGAGCCCCCUGAGCCUGAUACCGAAGCUCUGUCUGAAGGCUCGAAUUACAGCCCUCCUCCCUUCAGCCCCGCCCCUCUCGACCCCGUAGAAACCACCACAGUCUCGGCGCCUUCAUUUGACUCCGCUCAAACGACAGAAGAACUAACCAGCGCCCCUCAGGUGUCAGGCCCCUCGCCUCAAACGGAUUUGCAGGUUGGCGCUCUUGGCAUUGAACCAAGUUCCGCCAGCUCGGCACACAAAUUUACUCCUUACACGAGCCCACUUCGAACAUUCAAGGCUUAUCGAUAUCAUCCCAAUUACGCUGCAGACGUUCCGAGCGGCUACCGCUCGCUAACUUACAGCCACAACAUUGAUUCAAUGAAGUACAUCUGUCCAUACGAGAUUGCUGGGGGUGUUUGCAACGACCGGUCUUGCGAGUAUCAGCAUCUUCGAGACAUGACUCUAAGCGACGACAACAUCCUCAUCCAAAUGGGUUCCACCCGGGAGGGACAAACUGAAGAAGAAAAAGAAACAUAUCUCGCUGGUCUAAAAGAGAUCAUCAAUGACCUUCGACGUGAUAAGGUGAAAGACUUCAACACUGUGGCCGCAGAGAUUGCCGCAUACCGUAGGCGCUUCCUCCAAGACCCGUCGCGUGUCUUGUCCCUGUAA